GGCAGUGGGGGAGGUCCCGGGGGUGGGUCUGACCCGGCCCGGCCGGGAGCAGCCCGCCCAGGGGAAGAGGAAGUCCCGGACUCCCCUCUCUCUCUCCACAACCCAGCCGGGAUCAGCAGCUGGAGCGCAGCGCAGAGCGACUGUGAGCAGAGCCCUGCGGGGAGCCAUUCCCCAAUAGCUGUUGCUGUCGGUUUCCUGGGUCAGAGCAGGGACUGGAACCCGUGGUCCAGCGCCAUGGGCUCUAUGUUCCGCAGCGAGGAGGUCUGCCUGGCCCAGCUCUUCCUGCAGUCGGCCUCGGCCUACGCCUGCGUCAGCGAGCUGGGCGAGAGGGGGCUCGUGGAGUUCAGAGAUCUCAACCCCAAUGUCAACGCCUUCCAGCGGCGCUUCGUGGGCGAGGUGCGGCGUUGUGAGGACAUGGAGAAAACCUUCACAUUCCUCCACCAGGAGCUGCGGAAGGCAGGGCUGGCACUGGGGCCCUGCCCUGAAAGCCCCCUGGCCCCUCUGCCCCGUGAUGCCCUGCACAUCCAGGAGCAGUCCGAGCAGCUGGCCCAGGAGCUGCGCGAAGUGAGCCGCAACCGGGAGUCACUGGGCGGGCGCCUGCGGGAGCUGCAGGAGUACGUGCAAGUCCUGCGCGAGGGGCAGCGCUUCACCGGCCAGCUGGCAUCACUGGGCUCCCCCGCCCGGCCCCGCGCCCUCUCGGACCAGGAGCCCCUGCUCAACCCAUCCAUGGCACCGCGACUCGAUGUGAAAGUCAACUUUGUGGCAGGCGUGAUCCACCCGUGGCGGGUGACCUCCUUUGAGCGGCUGCUGUGGCGCGCCUGCCGCGGGUACCUCAUCGCCAACUUUGUGGAGAUGGCGGAGCCCAUGGAGGACCCAGCCACGGGUGAGAGCAUCACCUGGGUUAUCUUCCUCAUUUCGUACUGGGGGGAGCAGAUCGGACAGAAAAUCCGCAAGAUCUCGGACUGCUUCCACUGCCACGUGUACCCCUACGCCGACAGGGAGGCCGACCGGCUGGAGGUGCUGAGUGGGCUGCUCACCCAGAUCAACGACCUCAACACGGUGCUGGGGGAGACGGAGCAGUACCUGUCCCAGGUGCUGCAGAAGGUGGUGCUGAUGCUGCCAGCCUGGCGCGUGAAGGUGCAGAAGAUGAAGGCCAUCUACCUCAUCCUCAACCAGUGCAGCUUCAACGUCAUCGAGAAGUGCCUCAUCGCCGAGGUGUGGUGCCCCGUGCGUGACCUGCCACAGGUGCAGGAGGCCUUGCGCCACGGAUCGCACAAGAGUGGCUCGGGGGUGGAGUCGUUCGUGCACCGGAUCCCCAGUUCUGAGAGCCCUCCCACCCUCAUCCGCACCAACAAGUUCACCGCCGGCUUCCAGAACAUCGUCGACGCCUAUGGGGUCGCCAGCUACCAGGAGGUGAACCCGGCGCCCUACACCAUCAUCACCUUCCCCUUCCUGUUUGCUGUCAUGUUCGGGGACGUGGGCCAUGGGCUGCUGAUGUUCCUUUUUGCCCUCUGGAUGGUGCUGGCCGAGAGCAGCUCCCGCCUGAGGGAAGCACGCAAUGAGAUCUGGCAGACGUUCUUUGAGGGGCGCUACCUGAUUCUGCUCAUGGGGGCCUUCUCCGUCUACACUGGCUUCAUCUACAACGAGUGCUUCAGCAAGGCCACCGCCAUCUUCCCCUCUGCCUGGAGUGUGGCCACCAUGGUCAACCACUCCAACUGGAGCUCUGACUACUUAUCCAGCCACGCCUUCCUCACCCUGGACCCCAACGUCACUGGAGUCUUCAAGGGGCCCUACCCCUUCGGGAUCGACCCGGUCUGGAGCUUGGCCAACAACCACCUGAACUUCCUGAACUCCUUCAAAAUGAAGAUGUCAGUGAUUCUGGGCAUCAUCCACAUGAGCUUCGGGGUGCUGCUCGGCGUCUUCAACCACCUGCACUUCAGGCAGUGGUACCAGGUGGUACUGGUCUUCCUGCCCGAGGCGUUCUUCCUGCUGGCACUCUUCGGCUACCUCGUCUUCAUGAUCUUCUACAAGUGGAUCACGUUCAGUGCUGUCAACUCCCUGCUGGCACCCAGCAUCCUCAUCCACUUCAUUGACAUGUUCCUGUUCACCGAGAACCCUGACAACCACCCGCUGUAUCCGGGACAGGUGACGGUGCAGAACGUCCUGGUCGUCCUAGCUCUGGCCUCUGUGCCUGUCCUGCUCCUGGGCACGCCCGUCUACCUGUGGUGCCAGCACCGCCGCAGGGGGCACCCUCAUCUUGGGCUGGGCUCACCUGGGGAUGCCGGGGAGCACCAGCCGCUGCUGAGCUCACAGGAGCCGGGAAACUCGGUGAAUGCGAUGAACGCCGACAUGGAGCGUGGCGGGCAUGGCCCUGAGGCUGAGUUUGAAUUCUCUGAAGUCUUCAUGCACCAGGCCAUCCACACCAUCGAGUACUGCCUGGGCUGCAUCUCCAACACGGCCUCCUACCUGCGCCUGUGGGCGCUCAGCCUGGCCCAUGCCCAGCUGUCGGAGGUGCUGUGGACCAUGGUGAUGCGGAACGGCUUUCUGCUGCACAUCUACGUGGGCGGGGCGCUGCUGGUGCCCGUCUUCGCCUUCUUCGCUGUGCUGACGGUGGCCAUCCUGCUGGUGAUGGAGGGGCUGUCGGCUUUCCUGCACGCCCUGCGCUUACACUGGGUGGAAUUCCAGAACAAGUUCUACGUGGGCGCCGGGUACAAGCUGAGUCCCUUUGCCUUCCCCGCUGACAGCUGGGAAUAG